GGGGGCGGCGAGCGGAUCGCGGGGCGCACUCGGCUGCGCGCUGAGCUAGGGGUGCACCGACGCGCCGCGGGCGGCUGGAGCUCGGCUUUGCUCUCGCUGCAGCAGCCGCGCCGCCCGCCCCACUCCGCUCAGAUUCCGACACCAGCCCCCUCUGCAUCGCCCUCCCGGACUCCAGAACCGGCUCUCGCUCCGGCCCCGCGGACCAUGCUCCGGGCGCCCCCCGGAAAACCGGGCUGGGCGAAGAACCGGCAAAGAUUAGGCUCAGGAGCGGGGGCCCCACCCGGCUGCCUAGCUCUCGGCCCGUGCCCUGCCCGGUGUCCCCAAGCCGUGUGAGCCUGCUGGGCCAUGGAGCGCGCGCCACCCGACGGGCUGAUGAACGCGUCGGGCGCUCUGGCCGGAGAGGCGGCGGCAGCAGGAGGGGCGCGCGGCUUCUCGGCUGCCUGGACCGCUGUCCUGGCUGCGCUCAUGGCGCUGCUCAUCGUGGCCACAGUGCUGGGCAACGCGCUGGUCAUGCUCGCCUUCGUGGCGGAUUCGAGCCUCCGCACCCAGAACAACUUCUUUCUGCUCAACCUCGCCAUCUCCGACUUCCUCGUGGGUGCCUUCUGCAUCCCACUGUAUGUACCCUAUGUGCUGACUGGCCGUUGGACCUUUGGCCGGGGCCUCUGCAAGCUGUGGCUGGUGGUAGACUACCUACUGUGUGCCUCCUCAGUCUUCAACAUCGUGCUGAUCAGCUAUGACCGAUUCCUGUCAGUCACUCGAGCUGUCUCCUACCGGGCCCAGCAGGGAGACACGAGACGGGCAGUUCGGAAGAUGGCAAUGGUAUGGGUGCUGGCCUUCCUGCUGUAUGGGCCUGCCAUCCUGAGUUGGGAGCACCUGUCCGGUGGCAGCUCCAUUCCCGAGGGCCACUGCUAUGCAGAGUUCUUCUACAACUGGUACUUUCUCAUCACGGCCUCCACCCUCGAGUUCUUCACACCCUUCCUCAGUGUCACCUUCUUCAACCUCAGCAUCUACCUGAACAUCCAGAGGCGUACUCGCCUUCGGCUUGAUGGGGGAGGCCGUGAGGCUGGUCCAGAGCCCCCACCUGAUGCCCAGCCCUCGCCACCUCCAGCUCCCCCCAGCUGCUGGGGCUGCUGGCCAAAAGGGCAUGGGGAGGCCAUGCCAUUACACAGGUAUGGGGUGGGUGAGGCAGGCCCUGGUGUUGAGGCUGGGGAGGCUGCCCUCGGGGGUGGCAGUGGUGGGGGUGCUGCCGCCUCGCCUACCUCCAGCUCCGGCAGCUCCUCAAGGGGCACUGAGAGGCCGCGCUCACUCAAAAGGGGCUCCAAGCCGUCGGCGUCUUCAGCAUCCUUGGAGAAGCGCAUGAAGAUGGUGUCCCAGAGUAUCACCCAGCGCUUUCGGCUGUCGCGGGACAAGAAGGUGGCUAAGUCCCUGGCCAUCAUUGUGAGCAUCUUCGGGCUCUGCUGGGCCCCAUACACACUCCUCAUGAUCAUCCGAGCUGCUUGCCAUGGCCACUGCAUCCCUGACUACUGGUACGAGACGUCCUUCUGGCUUCUGUGGGCCAACUCAGCUGUCAACCCUGUCCUCUACCCACUCUGCCACUACAGUUUCCGCAGAGCCUUCACCAAGCUCCUCUGCCCCCAGAAGCUCAAGGUCCAGCCCCAUGGCUCCCUGGAGCAGUGCUGGAAAUGAGCAGCUGCCCCACCCUUCUGUGGCCAGGCCCUUGUACCUGUUUCGUGGGCAGCCUGAGUGUGGGCCCUGCCUUUGUCCACGGUCAAACGCCAUGGCAGCCUCUUAGAUCAUCAACCCUGCAGUGGGGCGGCAUGGUAGGUGGGCCAAGACAAGAGCCCUCGUUGGUGGAACUGGAGUGUGCUGGCUGGCUCUGCCGCCACAUUCUCCUUCACCACAGAAGAGACAAUCCAGGAGUCCCAGGCAUGCCUUCCACUUUCACACACACAGUGCAGUGCCAGUUAUGUCCCCCUUUGCAUACUUAGUGGCUGGUGUCCUCCCCAAAGCAAACCUUGGUGUGUGCUCCCGGCUCCUGCCCUGGCACUGAGCCCCGCAUGUGCACACACCCGCUGCACACCCACCACACACUUGCAAUACCUUCUGUCUCCCAGACGAUCGAUCUGGGGAUGAUACCCUUUGCUGCCACUGUCUCUUGCUUAAUCCUGGAGCCUGGUUCCUAUCCCCAGCUCCCUUCAAUUCUUUGCCCCACAAAGUGUCAAGGGCCCCAAGAACAUUGAAGCUUCUUUGCUCUUCCAUUCUGGAUGUUUUCAGGAAGAUGGAGGAGAAGAAAACACGUCUGUGAACUUGAUGUUCCUUGGAUGUUUAGUCAAGAGAGACAAAAUUGCCGAGGAGCUCUGGGCUGGAUUGGCAGGUGUGGGCUCCCACGCCCUCCUCCCUCAGCGCGGCAGCUUCCGGCUGAGCCGCUCCAGCUGCUUCUGCCUGCCCCACCCCCAGGCUCAGGACGAUGGCCCUGCCCUGCUUGUCCCAUCUUCAGAGUCAGAAUUUGGGGGUGGGUGGGCUGUGGGGUAGAGCGGUGACUGUACCCUGAGGGUCAUGAGGCUCAUGGGACAGUCAGGAAAGCAGGCCUGUGACACCUGAAGGAAUGCUUUGCCUUGUCCUGAGUACUCACCUCAGGCCUUUGCAUGCUCUGCCAUCCUUGUGCCCUGGUGUGCUGCCUCUGCCAAUGUGAAGACAUAAUAAAGUGUAUUUUUUUAUGGGUGCUGA